AAUUGAGUGACAAUAUUUCCAUCGAUUCGGCGACGCACGCACGCACGCCGCUGUCAAACGUUGCGAAGGAAACAAAAUAGCAACAGUAUUCGCGUAAUCUCAAUUGAAUUAAAAUGAAGAAACAAGCGGGUCAGAUGUUUAAUGACCCGGUUAUGGUGUCGCGGGUCAAGAACUACCUCGCGGAAAAUGUGGACAAGACCUUCGUUGACGUCCGACAAAUGGCGCACACUCUGAAGGAACGAUAUCGUGAAUACGCUAGUAGAAGCGACAGCGCUUUCCGUAAAAGCGUCGGCGGUGCCUACAAGAUGGUUCUACAGAGCUACGGUCUCGACGACGCGUUUACGUCCGAAGGCUCCGAGGAGGAAUCCGAUUUGGAGUUGCUAGACGAAAACAACAGUGCGCUCAACAGCCGUCUACUACAAAUGUACAAAAUGCAAGACAAGAAGCGGCCGGCAGUAACAGGGACCCGCAAUAGCGGCAAGUCCGGCGAACCCAUCGACAUUCUGAGCAGCGACGAGGACGGCUCCGCGGCGCCCAAGUUGCCGAAAAUCAGCGACCAAAUCACAAUAACACCACACAUCCCCACCCGCAAGUCGAACAGCGCGGCGGCCGGCGACUCUCCGCGGCCGCAACAGAACCAAAAUAGUUCUAAAAAACGUAAACCAGAGGUCAAUAAACCUGCAGUACAAAAAACAAAGUCUGAGAUUGGCACAUUGAAGAAUGUAAAGGUUAGUUUCGAGGACAUAGGCGGUAUAUCAGAUAUUAUAACGCAAAUUUGUGAUCUUGUCCUGCAUAUGAAACAUCCAGAAGUGUAUAAAGAGUUGGGUAUCAAGUCACCUAGAGGAGCAUUGCUCCAUGGUCCACCUGGGACGGGAAAGACCUUACUAGCACAUGCUAUUGCUGGUAAAUUGCAAUUGCCAUUAGUUGCUGUGUCUGGCACAGAGUUAGUUGGGGGCAUGUCUGGAGAAUCUGAAGAAAGAAUCCGGGAACUCUUUGAAAGAGCUAUUUCUUGUGCACCAAGUUUAUUAUUCAUAGAUGAGAUAGAUGCCAUAUGUGGUAACAGAAUACAUGCUCAGAAAGACAUGGAAAAGCGAAUGGUAGCUCAGUUACUUGCUAGCUUAGAUAAUUUGGGUGAAAUCAAUGCUCCGAUCUUAGUUCUUGCUGCCACUAACAACCCGGAUACCUUAGAUCCUGCUUUGAGAAGAGCUGGGCGUCUUGAACAAGAAAUAACUUUAGGCAUACCCACAUUAAAGGCUAGAAAAGAAAUCCUUGGUAUAUUAUGUAAGAACAUGACGCUCGGCAAUGACAUUGAUGUCAACCAUCUAGCUCAAAUCACACCUGGGUUUGUUGGUGCUGAUCUGCAAGCACUUGUGAAUAAAGCAAGCACUUACGCUGUAAAGAGAAUUUUUAUAGAAAUUCGUGCAGCAGAGGAUGAAGAGAUUGCAAAAGAAGAGGAAAAAGAAAAAAACAAGGCCAGAGAAGAAGCAGCGGCUGCUGCCGCCGCCACUGCUAUUCCUAAUGGAGAGAAUGAGGGGGAGGAGCCUGCAGCAGAAGAAAAGCCAGAAGAACCAACUGAAGCUGAGCCAAAACCAGAAAAUGCAGAAGCGACUACCCAAGAAGUCAAUGGCGAUGUUAUUGCUGUUGAACCUACCCAGCCGCCUGAAGAAACUGUCAAAGUUAAACAACCUCUAGACCCAAUGGCUGAAGUGCUGAGUCUGCUAGAAGAUAACAUGCCAUACACAAGUGAUGAGUUAGCUGGAGUUUGCAUAAGGCAAGAGGACUUCCUUAAGGCACUGAAAACAACUAAGCCGUGUGCUGUAAGAGAAGGUAUUGUUACCGUUCCAGAUGUGUCUUGGGAGGAUGUAGGAUCGCUGAAUCAAGUUCGCAAAGAUUUGCAGCUGGCAGUGUUGGCACCAGUGAAGUAUCCUGAACAGCUGAAGAAGCUAGGUUUAUCUGCGCCUAGUGGGGUUUUGCUUUGUGGCCCGCCAGGUUGUGGAAAAACUUUGCUAGCUAAAGCUGUGGCUAAUGAAGCCGGAGUGAACUUUAUCUCUGUGAAAGGGCCAGAGCUACUGAAUAUGUAUGUGGGUGAGAGUGAGAGGGCAGUCCGCACGUGCUUCAGACGAGCUCGGAAUUCUGCUCCCUGCGUAAUUUUCUUCGACGAGUUUGACGCGCUCUGCCCAAGGAGGAGUUCGCACGACAAUAAUGGUGCGGCGCGAGUUGUCAACCAGCUGCUCACCGAAAUGGACGGUAUUGAGAGCCGCGAAGGGGUGUUCGUGCUUGCUGCAUCUAACAGACCUGACAUCAUAGAUCCGGCAGUGCUGCGACCGGGCCGCUUAGACCGUGUCAUGUACGUUGGAAUGCCGGCUAGAGAAGACAGAGUUGACAUCCUACAGAAACUAACCAAAAACGGCACUGAGCCUCAGUUAGGUCCGGAUGUAGAUUUGACAGUGGUUGCUGGUUUGACUGAAGGCUACACAGGCGCUGAUCUAGCUGGCUUGGUGAAAGCGGCCGCUACUAAUUCUCUCACGACUCACAUUUCAAACGGUACCCUAGAUGGCGAGAUAUACGUAACGUUCGAGGACUUCCGAAUGGCCUUGUCUAAGUGCAAACCGUCUGUGUCACCAAAGGAGCAGUUACAUUACGAGAAACUGCGAUUGAAAUAUGCUUCUGGGCCCGAUGAGAAGGACAUGGAGAUGGAAACUGAACCGACGAACGAAGAGUCCAUGGACACCGUGUGAGAAUCGUUCAGACGUUGGAUAUUACAGACUUAGUAGUCUCCUUUAAGCCCCUUAGAAAACUUUGGUGUGCCAAGUUGAUUUUAAUUGCAUCAUUAUUUUAUUUGGUCUUCAGUUCCUUACUUCAUUAAGUGUUCUUUAGUAGAUUUAAGAUGUACCUAUCCACCUAAAGGUGCGUUUAAACGGGCCCUUUUACA